UACAAACCACGUCACAUGACCAACGGUCGCGGGAAGACUUUGACCACGCUUGUUGGUGGGAGGAGUAGCUCGCCAUUCAAACUAGUUUUGUAAACAUUAUUGUCUAAAACGACACGAUUUUGGAUGCUUUGACAUAUUUUGAGCGUUUUACCUUAAUUCGGCGUUUUAUAGAUCGCGGAAUUGCUAUCAGGAUUUAUUUUUAAGUUUUUAGUUCUUCAGAUAUCAGUUGGAAGUUUGUGGAGCAGCCAUUUUUUCACCCGAUACGUCGCCGUGGACGCUGGUUAAUACGACAACAACGUCGUUAUCAGUUUUUAUGCGACUAAACUGAACUUGUACGGACUUGUCACGGAGAUAUCUGUCAGCGAGAGAAGAUACUUUCCUCGGAUAAUCGUACGUUAACGUUAGCAGAUAAGUUGGGAAUCACACAACCGUUUUUUCUGGACUCUUCAUCAGCGCUGGGGUUGUUGCACUGCACGGCCAGUAUUAGAUAUGUUUAUCUAAACUAACGUUACAUAAUCUCUGCCUGAUUUGCCAGCCACUUGGGCUGGUUUUUUAUAGUUUUAAAGUACUUGUUUUUUAUUAAGUUAUUAUUAUUUUAUUUUUUUACAAAAACUGAUCUUUUUGCUGGAAAGAUGAGUUUCGUUACACGGAGGCACGGCAAGUCUCCAAAUCUUAAACCCGUUCGCCAAAAGUUGCAGUUUUCGGUCAGUGACGGUGAAGAAGACAGCAUUGAAGAAGCGAACAACAGCACCGGAGCCGAGUCGGGCUUCACGGAGCUGGACUCGCCGGUUUCCGUGCGGCGCAGCGGCGAUAAGAGGCCGGCGGACCCGGGCAGCAGCAGCCCACUCAGCCGAACCAGAGACGACGACGAGUCCUGGGACGAAGAUGGAUUCGGCUCACCGUCUCGGGCCAAACCAGCCUUUUACAUGAAAAGCUCGCCAUCGCCAAGGAAAAGUCCACAGGCUUACGACAGUUCACCUGAGAGGAGUUACAUUCAUGAUGACAUGGAGGGGUCCAGCUCUCCUGUCCCGGACUGUCCCGAUACACCACCCCAUAAAACUUUCAGAAAACUCCGGCUGUUUGAUACCCCUCAUACCCCAAAGAGCUUAUUGUCGAGGGCCAGGACGAUGGCAUCGACGAACCGGAGAGUCGCCCUUUUUAAGAAUGUUGAUUCAACAAGCAAAGCCUGUCUGGACGGAAGACGAAACCAGACACCUCUAGUAAACAUCAACCCCUUCACCCCGGACUCCAUUCUGGUGCAAUCAUCGACACUACAACGAAACAACAGGAAACGAGCACACUGGAACGACUCAUGUGGAGAAGACAUGGAUGCAAGUGAUCCUGAGAUGGAUGAUGAGCUCAUUCCACCCUCAAAGAGGAUCACAAUGAUGGAGAAUAACAUGAUGUCCAGAUAUGCGUCUGAGUUUCAUGAGCUGGAGAAGAUUGGCUCUGGAGAAUUUGGUUCUGUUUUUAAAUGCGUCAAGAGGUUGGAUGGCUGUAUUUACGCUAUCAAACGUUCCAAAAAGCCCCUGGCAGGCUCUGUGGAUGAGCAAAAUGCACUUCGUGAGGUAUAUGCACAUGCAGUUCUUGGACAGCACCCCCACGUUGUAAGGUAUUAUUCUGCUUGGGCAGAAGAUGACCACAUGCUGAUCCAGAAUGAGUACUGCAAUGGAGGAACCCUGUCUGAUGUUAUUGCUGAGAACAAUAGACGCAUACACUUCCUUUCUGAGAUGGAGUUGAAGGAUCUGCUGUUGCAAGUCUCUCGUGGACUCAAGUACAUUCACUCUACAGCACUUGUUCACAUGGAUAUAAAGCCAAGCAAUAUUUUCAUUUCACGGAAACCUGUUGCUAGUGUAGAGGAAUUUGAAGAUGAAGAAGAUGGUCCCACCACAAGUGUGGUGUACAAAAUAGGUGAUCUAGGUCAUGUUACAACGGUUACUAAUCCACAAGUUGAAGAAGGUGACAGCAGAUACCUGGCAAAUGAAGUUCUUCAAGAGGACUACAGUAACCUGAAAAAGGCAGACAUAUUUGCCCUUGCUCUGACUGUAAUCAGUGCCUCUGGAACAGAGCCCCUUCCUACCAAUGGAGAAAAAUGGCAUAAAAUCCGACAGGGCAUCCUGCCCCAUAUCCCACAAGUGCUUUCUCAGGAAUUUUUAAGCUUGUUAAAGCUUAUGAUCCAUCCUGACCCAACACGGCGGCCUUCAACCUCUGACCUCAUCAGACAUCCUGUUCUUCUGACUGCUUCCAGAAUGAGUGCUGAUCAGCUCCGUGUAGAGCUCAACGCUGAGAAAUUCAAGAACGCACUUCUGCAGAAGGAGCUAAAGAAAGCUCAGAUGGCAAAGGCUGCAGCAGAAGAGAGGGUUCUGUCCACAGACCGUGUUCUUACACGUUCCACAGUCCAGUCCAGCUCCAGAGCUUCUCGACUCAUAGGGAAAAAGAUGAACCGUUCUGUUAGUCUCACCAUUUAUUGAACCCCAGAAAAAGGAGAUGACCAGUCCUAAGUGGGAACUACAACGGUGCUUCUAUAAGACUUGGGCCCCUACAGACAGCUUUGUUUGUAGCCAGAAGGAUGACACAGACUGUUGUGUGACUUGUAGUGUUUGUACUAUUUGGUACAAGUACCACAGUCUUUACUGAAGCUUGGAUCCUUCUGCAUUGCAUAGGCACUAGCAUCUGAGUACAUAAUGCAGAUCUGCCUUACCAUUUAGGUGUGCCUUUUCAAAAUGCCUUGAUAGAAUUGCCUAAAGAUGGACACAUUUUUAGUAUAGUUCUGUCUUCCUAAUCUUUGAUUUAAGUUCCAUAGGUAAGGGUCAGAAUGGUCUGCCUGCACUUGCUUUCUCAGAGGUGCAGUGUUGCUCUUUACCAAAUGAGGGAUGUGUGCCCCUAUUGAGCCCUGAUAUGUGAAUGUACCAGAUCAAAGAUUUGUGCACCUUACUGCCUGUGAAAAUACCUGUUGGGCCACAGAAGUUGGGGUUUGAGUUAGAUUGCCAUUAAAAUGAGCACUUUGGAUGCAAUGGUGAGCUUGCCCCAGAAAGCCUGCUGCUAUUCAUGUUUGUCUGUAUCCAGUUAGGGUUGGAAGAUUUUUUACUUUUAAAUCAUUUUAUCCAUCCAAACAAAGUAAUAUUACAUAAUCUCAUCAAGUUCCAGUAACCAUUUUUUUUGGCAGGUUUUACAUCCAGACAUGUUUUUUUGCUCUUAUCUUGUCAAAUCUUGAAUUUAACCAUGCUUAAGAGAUGAUUUAAAUGUACAUAUGCCUUUCAAAUCUCCAACCCUGUUUGUAGCAUUAAAACAAUCUUUGUCCAGUUCAUCUGUUGUCCUUAGUUAAUAAUGUAUAAUUCUGACUUUUGUGUUACUUCAACUACAUUGAUAGGGUACUGUUUAGAUUCUUCGGUCUGUUAAUCCUAAACUUCAUUUUGUCUGUAAAUACGUUCAUUUUAAUAAACUGUUUUCACCUGGA